CUCGACGGGCGCGCCGACCCCGACGCCCAAGCGACCGUCACCGACUUCUUGGAGUUUACGGAACACCUACCGGCCGACAUGAUUCGCUCGCUGACGCUGAUCGGGAAGCUCGACCGCGACUACGCCGAUGCCUCCGCGCGCCUACACGAAUUGACCAAGACCUGGGGCCAGCUCCCAUCAGUGGCGGCGGACGAGCGGCCACAACCGAUUCGGCUGCGCGAGGAGAUCUCGGCCGACCUGUCCCGCGUGCUGACGUCGAGGGUGUACUCGCACGCCGAGGCGUUGCGCAUGGCGGAUAAUGUGAAUCGGCAUGUGAACAGGCUCAAGCUGAUCCAUGCAAAGCUGAGGACGAUGCUCGAGAAUUACCCCCCUGACGAAGAGAUACAAAGUCCCGUCGUGACGGCGAGGUCACCACAAGCUACGCGGGGCAACACCAAGAGGCAACCGACUGGCGGGGACAAGGGCCGUCGACCGCGUGGCCCUAGGAUCACGGUUCCUGGCGAGGUGCUAGCCCCUUAUGAUGUCGGCUACGAUACAGACAGUGGCGAGAGCGAAAGCAGCGAGGAGGAAGAGGAGGAAGAGAAGGAGAUCGUGAGCCACAGACGGACGCCGGCGGCGCGAGUCGAGAUGCCGAAGCCCAGGGGCAGGAAGCCUCUCGACAAGACGCCUAAAGCGCCGAAGCUAAAAAUUCCCAAGACUGCCCCGCCGAAUCCAGUCUCGAACGCGCCCACUGUAGUCCCAGCAGAUACAGGACCGUUGCGACCGCCACCCCCCGAUGCUACGAUUGGGAGCGAGGACGCCCCGUGGCUGCAGCUUACGCAGUGGGAGCUUGCUAGGCUGAGGAAGCGCAUGAAGAAGAAUGCUGCCUGGAUACCAAGCGAUACGAUGAUCAAUAGGGAGCUCAAGAUCCUUGGUCGUGGCUUUGACGGAUGGUCAGCUGCCAAGAAGAAGGCGGAAGAGGACGGGAUACCGUUUGAGACGAGCCUCCCACGACCCAUCCUCGAUGAUGCCACUGGUUCAGAGCACCUCCCCAUGGGAGCCGUGAGUCUGGAUUCUGCGAUAGCAGCGGAGGAUAAGACCCUUACGAACCGUGGUCACGAGCUGAACAAGGCCAAGAAGGUCAAGAAGGACCGACUGUCCGACCAGGCGGCUAAGGAAGCUGAAGAGUCAGCAAGGCGGAUCGCAGUCAUUGCGAAGAACCUUCAGGUGUCUUUCCAGCCGCCCCUGCCCUCCAGCCAACCUCAAGCGAAGAAUACUAAGAGACAACAGAAGAAACGAAAACGGGACUCCCCUUCUGAGGCCGACACGGAGAAGCCGGAACCGGCGCCUCUAAAGCGGUCAAAGACCGAGACUCCCGUCCCUGUCCCCCAGCCCAUCGGCCUGACCCGUCACACCCCGAUUCAGCCUCCCUCGUUGACGGUUGGCGGCACACAUAGUCAUCACUCCACGACACCCGUGCCCAUCCCCAUACACGGCCACGAGCAGUCGAUCUUGGUUGGAGCUAAGUCCUCGGGCGCGACCUCCCCUGCCGCCAGCACCGAUGCAGGCACUACCACUACCCUUGUCCCGACGAAGGGGCCGGCUAACGAUGCUCCUGGUUCACCAAAAAAGUCAAACACACCCAUCCUGCCUCCUGUCAGGGAGACCAGGGCCAGAGAAGCCAAGGCCAAGGAGAAGGCAGCUGCACCGCCGCCUGUGAUCAAGACGGCUGGCUCUCGCGGAAACACACCGCGCUCCAUAACUCCUGGACCAGAGGCGUCAUCGCGACGACCUUCGUCUCGUGGGCAGGCGGCAGGCCCCGAGGGUGGAUCACAACCGGGUCUGGCAGCAGAGCGAGCCCGUCGCGCCAGUACUGCACGGAACACGCCUGCGCCCGAACUAUCGCUGAGACAGCCCAGCAAGAGAACUAAGAGACCUGCGCCGGGCAUCAUCAGCCGGACGAAUUCGGGCGGAAACAACAGCGCGAUUACGAAGCGCAAGGCGGCGCCGAAGAAAUCUAAACGUGGGUCACAGAAGAAGGAACGCGGUCAGACUGCCGAGGCGGAGGCGGAGGUCGAGGUGGAUGAGGAGGGCAAUGUGAUCGACCCCAAUGAAGCACGAUACUGCAUCUGUAACCGUGUUAGUUUCGGGACGAUGGUGAUGUGCGAGAACGAUAGUUGCAAGUACGAAUGGUUUCACCUUGAGUGCCUAGGGCUUAACAACGCGGCAGGACUGGCUAAGACUUGGUACUGCUCUGAUUGUAAAGUCUUGCUGGGCCUCGACGAGAAGAGUGAAGGAAGCAGGCGG